AUAACUUGAUGUGUGAAUUUUUUUCUCUCAAGUGUUUUGUUGUGAAAUUUCAGAUUAAAUUGAGAAAUACUCACGGAUUAACAUAGUAAUCAUGGCAAAUCCUGGUCAGCAACCAUACCCAGCUACCCCUGGACCUGGGGGCUUUCCAGAUGAUCAACGUCAUCAACGUCCUCGCCAUCCACUGGCAAAUUAUCACUUCUCCGCUGAUGAACUGAGAGUCCUGAAGGAAUGUAACAUGGAGAGCUUCUAUCAGAGAUCCCUUCCACUUGGCACCGCUUUGGGAUUGGCGGCGUACUUUGGCGUGAAAAGAGGUUUUCUGAAGCCAAACUCACGAUGGGGUGCUGUGCCGAAGGUCUGCCUUGGUGUCAUUGUGGGAUACUUUGCCGGCAAAUUCAGCUACCAAAAGAAGUGUGCAGAGAAACUCAUGCAACUCCCCAACUCCAAACUCGCCGAAGUGCUUAAGCAACGCAAGAGGGGCGGAUUGUACGAGGGAUUAACUCCAGAUCAGGGAUUUGGUACUGGACUUGCUCUUCCACCAUUUGGGAAUACAACAACGGACUCUUAUAGCGAUGAAGCCUAUCGGCAGAAUCGCUCCAGUGCACUCAAUUUAGAUACUGACAGACCUGCUAAUGCUGAACUGGAUGAUAUUUAUCGGCCAAAUCUCGAUGCAGAAGCAAAGCCGGCUCCAAUAACGAAAUUCGAGGAUAACUUGCCUCUGGAUCCGCCCAAAAGUUCCACAACUUACGAUGAGCUACGGCAGAAGAAUCGCGAGGAGUACAUGAGGAAAAUGCGUGGAGGGGCACCAGCUGAACCAUCACCACCACCUCUUGUGGAGAGGAAACCACUCCCGCCGCGGGAAGCUGCACCAGAUGUAUCGGCGUCAGGACAGAAAAAUAAAUACGGCGAUGUUUGGUCGCAAUGAGUAUUGCAGCAACAUACAACGUGCAAGUUUGAAAGUUUUUUUUUUGAGUAAUAAUUGUCUAGUUUGAAAAAAAAAUACAUAAAUAAGCUAAAAA